AUGGAAGGCAUGGCGACAUCAGCACACGCUUCCGCUGGCACAGCAUCAUCAUCAUUACAAGAGACUCUUGAAGUGGGUUGGCUCGAUAGCCAUAUUUGUGAAGAUGGUCAACAUCAACAAAUAAAAUCCUAUUGUCAAAAUAUUUCGAAAUUCAUUUCAAAAUGGAAUUUUUUCGAUUCUUGUGACAAAUUCAAUGAUUACAUUAAGAAUAAUCCAAAUGUGAAACUAAUUAUGAUUAUGUCUGGUAGAUUUGCUCGCCAAUUACUCGCACUUGUAUCGCCUAGGGAAAAUUUACAUAGUGUCUAUGUUUUUACUAUCAAUAUUGAAAGAACUACGGAAGCAUUAGGUGAAGAACCAAAACUUAAAGGAGUAUUCAAUGUGGAAAAUACGUUAUAUGACAAGCUAAAAAAUGAUUUAUCCGAGUUGUUUUGGGAAGAAGGAAAAAAAUUGGUUGCAUCCAAUCACGAUCAAGAAGCUCGUCUAUAUUUUGAUGAAGCAAAACGUUUAGUUGAACAUAUACAAUAA